CCAGAGAGCAGCGCCAGUCACCUCUCGCACUUCCAGGCAGUCAAGUUGGGAGCCCAACUACGGUCUGGCACAGUCAUGAAGCUUACCACAUUGUGAAAAGUGUCGGGUCCGGUCUGCUGUCAUCCUCGUUUUCGUCUCCAGCUUCGUCUCCUCUCUUCUUCAGCAAGUGCCUACAAAAAGUGAUAUUACUACUCGAUUUAUAUAUUUUUAAUUUUUUAUAUUAUUAAAAUCGUUGAGUUCGUACAUUUUUCUCGAAUACCCUUCGGAAAUCGCCUUCGUUUUUUUGACCACCCAGUUCACUUAUUUUUGUAUUAAAAUAUAUUUACUUCUAUCUAGUAUAUAAAUAUAUUGGGAUAAGAUCAUCCAUAAUCCAGUAUUUAAUCGUUAUAGACAAUAUUAAUCGCAUAAAUUGAAGUGUAAAUUUCUAUUGACUUAAAAACGAGUCUGUGUAAGUCACCUCGCGGGUUGAUUCUCGAUGGAGCACGUGUUCGGUUUUUCAGAGGACUAUGUUGGAUCCCCUGGUUUUUUUUACACGUGAAAGAUGUUUCUCGACUCGGACCUUCAAGUUUCCAGUUUGUAGAAUAGAUGAUUUUUCAACAUGAGGAGAACAUUUUGAUUCCUUGUGACAAAGCCGAAACCCCGUGUUUUCGUUCGUUCGUCAUUUAUAAAUCCCCUUCCCAUCAUCGUUCCUAUCUUGUUCAUUCUCAUCGUCUUUGCGGUUUACACGGUUUAUUUUGUGCGUUGUAACCAUCAUCAAAUCAGUUUCUCUUGAAGAGGACAUGAUUAUAUCCAAGGACCUGUUUUUGUUGGGUGACCAAGAUUAUCUUCGUCUUCCAAAGGACGAGAAAAGAACAAUGGUUAGAACUACUCCUCCAAAAAGUCAAAGAGUUGAAAGCGCCCUUUAUCCAUGUCUGUCAGUUGAACAACAGCACUUGCCACACCGCCCUUUGGAGCUAGUUUUUACCAAUAUUUCAGUAUCAGUUGAAAAAAGACAAAUUCUUCGAGAUGUCAGUGGAAUGGUCAAGCCUGGCGAACUUCUCGCCGUUAUGGGUCCAUCAGGAUGUGGAAAGACGACGCUUCUCAACUGUCUCGCGGGACGCAUAAAACUAGACUCAGGAUGCAUUCGACUGAAUCGAGAACGGCUGAAUAAAAGAUGGAAGCGAAGAAUAUGCUAUGUGUUACAGCAAGAUAUAUUUUUUCCAGACCUCACCCUCCGCCAAACUUUAGAGUACACAGCACUAUUAAGGUUACCCGACUCGUUUUCCUACGUUCAAAAAAUGCAGUACGUCGAUCAUAUUAUUGACGUUUUGGAUUUAAGAAAUUGCCAAGAUACCAUCAUAGGAGAUUACAUAAAACGUGGUCUAUCUGGAGGUGAGAAGAAGAGGGCGAAUAUUGCAUGUGAACUUCUGACAAAUCCCGCCUUAAUGUUACUCGACGAACCCAUGUCAGGCCUUGACUCGCAUGCAGCUUUCAAUUUGAUGGCACUACUGAAGAGAUAUGCCGAAAAAGAAGGGAAAACGAUUGUUGUCACCGCUCAUCAACCGUCCUCACAAAUGUUUCACAUGUUCGAUAAACUCCUAUUGCUCUGUAAUGGCCAGACUGCUUAUUUCGGAGAGACUCACAAAGUGGUAGAUUUUUUCAAUAAUGUAGGAUUAACUCUAAUGCCACACUACAACCCAGCGGAUUUUAUAAUGGAGCAGAUUAAAGGAAGUGAGGAAGUCAAAGAAAAAAUUUUAGCUGCCUCUCAAGAAGCACGUUUGAGUUCUGACUAUCCUGUUGAGCUGCGUCCAAACUAUUUUUCUAACUCUAUCUGUGAUAAAUACCUUAGCAAUUACCACACAAAUAGCUUACACUCUAUCGGUCAUCUUGGAGGAGAAUUUCAUCGAGACUGGAGUCAUCAUUUCACAUCCCCACCACCCCCUCCUAGUAGUGAUCUGUGCGUAGCCAUUAGUCCUCCUCAUACUAAUGAAAACCAAGGUCACGUUUACACAACAAUAGCAGUCAAAGAAGAAGAAAACAAAACUCUCUGGUUGGAUGAUCAAAGUCAUGCAUCGUCGUCAGUUAGUUCAGAAGAUGACUAUGGCUGGCAAUGGCCAACAUGUUUCUGGACGCAGUUUAAGGUCUUAAGCCGGCGGAAUUUCCAAGAAGCAAGGCCAAGGAUGCUUUCCACCUUGAAUUGGGUGCAAACUAUAGGUUUAGGUCUGAUGGCUGGACUUCUUUGGUUUCAACUUCCUAGGUCAGAGGAAUUUCUCCACGAUAUCCAGGGAUGGAUGUUUUUCUCUAUGACUUAUUGGAUGCUAUUCGCCCAUUUCGGGGCUUUGUCUUCAUUUCCCUCUGAACGGGAGGUCAUAAACAAAGAGCGGCAAUCUGGAUCCUAUCGCCUCUCUGCGUAUUACUUAGCAAAAAUGGUUGGUGAGUUACCAUUGACUGUUACUCUGCCGGCAGUUUAUCUCCUCAUAUCAUACCCGAUGCUCGGCUGCCACGAAGUUUCCACAUUCCUCACAUUGCUUAGUUUUUUACUUCUCAACACUAUCGUAGCACAGAGUGUUGGAUUUUUUGUCGGAGCUUGUUGCAUGGACUCGCAAGUAUCAAUGACAAUUAGUGCCCUCUACACACUAGCCACGCAGUUAUUUGGCGGAUAUUUAGCGACGAAUAUCCCACCAUGGCUGAAGUGGGUCCAAUAUUUAAGUAUGGUCCACUACGCGUACCAAAACAUGCAAAUCGUUGAGUUCAGCUCCGGAGACCAAAUUUCGUGCUCAAGUCAGUCGAAGUUCAAUGUCUGCAAGAAUUCAACUCACAUUCCAGUGGAGGAUAUCUUAAAUGCAGAAGGUCCAAGCUUACCACUAUGGAUAAAUACAAUUAUUCUACUCCUUUUCCUUGUUGUGUUCAGAUCGUUAGGUUACCUCGUACUGCGUUAUUUUCGAACACCCAAAUAACUAAGGUUUACUUUUUUAUCCCAUCAUCCUCUAAAAUAUAUAGUCAAUUUCCUCCUCUCGCAAAAUUUCUUCCAGACCUCCUCACCUUCCAAAUAAUUGAUUGUUUACCCCUUUUCUCCCUCUCCAUCCCACUCAAAACAUAUCUAUCCAUCCUUUUAUUUAUUCCCACUUUUUAUUCCUUAAAUAUUUUAUUGUUAGGAAAAUUAUGAUAUAUUAAAAAAUUGGCUGUGCCCCUGUUUUGUUGUAAGUUAUUACUUCCUUUAUUGACUAUUAUUAUUUAAAUAAUAACAACGGUAAUUUUUAGGUUUCAUAUUUAUACAUUUACCUAAGUCGAUCAUAAAAUCGUUGUUUGUAAAAUUACUAUUUUCAAUAAUUUUUUCAGCAAUAAAUGUAUUUUAUUACGUUUGUUUUAUUGAAUAAUUGUACAUAGAAAGACUGCUGAAAGGACUCAUUUGAUAAAAAGUGUGUAUACAAUAUCCUUUCAUUUUAUUGUAAUCGAAAAGAGAUCAAACUAUCAAUUGCUUUGUUCUGAUUGUUAAUUUUGCUUGACACUCGACAGUUGAUUCAAGGUACAUAUUUUAUUAUGUUAUACAUAUCUGUGAGCAGAGCAUACUAUAUGUUCGGUGCUCUCUUUCAGUGCCUCUCUGCAAAUGGGCCAUUAGACAAGCUUUCAAUUCUAAAAAACGACACAUGCUUUCUUCCCAAAUUUUAAGUAGGAAACGAUUUACACAACGAGAGGUUUGGAAAUUAUAUCCUGCACGAGAUAUUAACAGAUAAUUCAACACAGACCAAAGGCAAGUUAGAUUACACAAAUGACGUCAUCUGUAUUUUUACUACUUAAUCCAUGUUGAUUGUAGACACUUACAUCUCGUUCUUAAGUUGAUCUCCAGACUCCCCGUCGUGUAAAUAGUUUUCCACGUAAGAUUUUGAAGAGAAAAUAUGUUGUAAAGUUAAUACAAUCCUUGUCUAAAGGCUCAUUGGACAUCCCUUGUUCACUCAAAAUUGUAAACAUGCCUUGUUUCAAAAUGUUCUAACAUGUUUAUGACGUUAUCCUUUAAAGCUAUCGAGAACUAUUUCUCAAAAUUCUCUGAAGAUGUUUUUCACCACUUGAAAAGUAUUUUUAAUUAUACUCUGUUAUUAAAAGAUAUUAUUUUAUUUUUCAAUAACAAAUUUAAAAAAAUAACAAUGCAACAACAAAUGCAAAUUGUUACGAAUGACUGAAUGCCAAUGAAGAUGCUCUUUUACUUAAUUCAUUGGCAUUUUGUAAUUGGAUUUUUUCGUCGCAAAUAAUGACAAAAAAUUGAUUUUUCUUAUCAUGAUGACUGUAGGCUCAGCCCCCCAACAGUCCUCUUUACAAAUACCUGUCGUCUUGAAAGGACCGUGAAGAAUCCAGAUGAUAAGAGUCUGAAAGAACAGUAAAAAACGUCAUUGAGGCAGUUAUGCAAGAAUUUAUUUUUUCUACCGGUAAUUUAGAAAAAAUGUCUUUCGAAUUUUUCAGAGGGACCAAAAACUGGCUGUUUCACUGAGUAGUAUACCAAAUAAUUGAGUUGUUGCAUCAGCUAUCCAGCUAUGUAAAAACUAUUUUUGUACUUUUAAUAUCUUUCUAUCUCUUCGAAAGCAGUUAUAUAACUUCUUCCUUUAAUUUUGUCGCACUGAAAAUACUUCUUUAAUAAAGAUGAAAAGACAAAGACUUUUUUUGUAAUUAGAAACUGGUACUCUGUGAGAUGUGGUCAUGAGAAUUGAUAGUCUUCAAGAAAUUGACCAAAAAUUGAAUAACUUACACGGAUGAAGUUGAUAUCAAGAGCCUUGUCUUUAUAUAGGUAAGGGAACUUGUUUUGGUGGAAGUGAGAGUUCUCCAUUAUUAAGAAAGGAUAUGAAUAAAUUGAAGUCACUUAGCAUUGGUGUAUUUGAAAUAUUUCUUAUGGGCCCUCAUUUUUUCUUACGAGUCCCUUCUUGUGUGACCAUUUUUACCACCGCUUUCCGACUAUAAGCGGAAAAAUUAGCACUGUCCAUGUAUGCCGGAGAAAUGAGAAUUAUGAAAAAAUUAGGUCGCACUUUUUUGCUUCUCGAAAGAAAUCGGUAAAUAACGACAUGUUGAGCCACGUUGCGCAGUAAAAUAUUGAUGAUUCUAAUUAUUAUUUAUUACUGCUUAAAUUUUUUCUCGCAUUUUGUGUCUUAUUAUCUUCUUCUCUUUCAGAGAUGGAUCAUCUUUUAAUUCAUUGGGCUGUAUGAUCUCUAUAUGCAAUGUAAGUUUUGAUUGAAUAAUUCUGAGUCAAAGAACUGACAAUAAGCAAUGAUAAUAAAAAUAAUAAUUCAUGAGGACUAAACUCGUGAUCUCCGAUUCAUAUUUUAGCUUUUUUUAAAUAUUAAUUUAUGUUUUCCAAAUUUACAUGCCGCAGUAAGAAAUGUUUGUCGGUCUUAAAAAUAAUAACUUUCACGAAGUAGAUCAUUCUCGUGAAGUGUAAGAAUAUGCUUAUUUUUAUCUAAAGUUUACUUUUUCCCAUGUAUGACUCACUUUAAGUCUCCACUUACCUCAUCCUCGAGGAUUUCAAUUAUUCUUUCCAGUUAUCCGACUUAACUGACCAACUUCAAAUGACACUCCUAAUAAAUUGAUAAGCAGAUAUAAAAGUCUUUCGUUAGGUAGGAAUUUACGUUAAGUAAUAUGAUUGAUAAUUGAUCAACUGCAGUGCGUGAUCACUUUGACACUGCCCAGUGCUCCAAUGGACUCAAAGAGAGUACAUUUUAAUAAUUAAAAAGAGCUAAAAAUAUUUGCAGCUUGCCCAAUAUUUCCUCAAAUUGAGGGUUUUAACGACUAGCACCAGUACAAGAUAUUCCUCCAAUGUAAUUUUGUAUUCACCAUGAAUUAAGUACAGUGCCUGUAAUACUUAGAGCUAAUACUCGUAUAUCAACCAAAUCAUAAGCAAAUCAGAAUAAUUUCAUGACUGUAUUCGUUCUUGAGACUGACUUGUCACAAGAAAGCCCCCCCCCCUCCCUCCUGAUCAGCACAACCCUUGCUGCUACCCUAAUCCUAAAGGAGGCAUCAAGCCGCACCGUUGUCUCUGAUAAAUUUCUCUGAUAUCUCAAGAAGUUUCUCAUAGAAUCUUGCUCAUUAUCGGUAAUUUUACUCACUUACAAGCGAGAAUACAGAAUUUAUAAUACAUUUAAAUAAACGGAGGAUAGUUCUCGUGCUUUCUAAAAUGUUGACCAAAUCAUAGGUAUCUCUAGAUUAGACCCAGGAAGAAUUUAUUUUUUUAACUACCCUCUGUUAUCUGUAUACUUAUUAUUGUCAUCAGUCGGAAAUCUGGUAGUAUGCCAUGUUUUCGUAAAUACUACACUAGUAGCUGUAAAUAUGUAAUCAACAGUAUAAAUGUGAUAGCUUAAUUUUUGUUAAGAAGCAUGUUUGUGAAUAGGUAGUCUAUUUACUCUGUAUGUACCUACCCAUGAAUAUUGUAUAAUUUUACUCCUUAAUAUUUUUGUAUAUACCUUCGCAUUAUGCGUUUCUUUGUUUACUUUUUUAGGGUUAACUCAUCCUCAACGCAGUGAUCAGUUUCAUUUAAUUUUUACUUAUUGACUAUUGACUAUUAAAUAUUUAUUUUUGAUUUUUCAUAAUUUUCUUGAUAUUUUCAAUAAUCAUCAUUCAUGUUUCUAUUCUCUGUCACAGAAAAGUUCAUUAAAUAUUAAAAAAUUAUUCUAUCAAUG